AUGCAAGCUAUUAUUCCAAUUCUACUGCUCCCCGAACAUGUGACGCCUACCCCAUCCAAUCUUCCUCUCCUCAAAGCCAUCCAGAAGGUCCUGAAUGACUCGUAUACUGCAACGUAUUGUGCAUAUCCCGAGAUCUUUGGGACCAGCCAUCUUCGCAUGGCAGAUCCAGCACAACUAGCAGAUAUCAUUGGUGCUGACGGCUUUACCAUCGUGCUGGAUUUUGGUGAGGGGGAUGUUGAAACAUACGCGCAAUGGAGCAAGAAUCGAAGUGGCAGUGAAUGGGAAAGUCAGGUAGAAAACCGAGGAUCCAGCGGUGCAGCGACUAAGCGGAGAGCAGAAGAGGUGCAAAAGUUCGAAGUCACUGCGUUUGCUGUGUCGCCUCGUUUUCAGGCUGCUGGGCUGGGUGCUCAAGUGUUGAGCGAGAUCAAGUGGUUGGUGGUCAGUGAUUCAAGCGGUCCGAGGGUGCGAAAUAUCACUGCAGACAAUGCAGUUCUGAUCCGUGAGCUAGGACUGUCAGGCUCAGCAACCAACAUCGCGCUGCAGGGAAUUGACCUCAAUCGACAGAAGGAUACUAUGGCAGGCGUAGAGAUCAGAGCGCCUGAAGGAAAGAUCCACGGCACAGCCAAAUCAAAGUUGGUAUUGAUGGCUAUCAGGGAACUAAACAACGAGGCAUAUUAUCAAAGAAGAGGUUUCCGCACCGCAUGGAGCGGGACUGUCCCAGUAGGAAUGUGGGACUGCAAGAAAGAAUGUACCAUGGUAUAUAUGGAAAUGGACGUGGACUAG